UGGCUGACUGUGUCGUUAGUGUGUGCUUGGUCGUGCUUGUGUAACUAAACCGCUAUUUUAGACUAAAGAGCAGUAUAAUCGAAUCUACAUCUACCAACAACUCCAGAAAUCCAACAACAAAACCGCUGCAAAAAUCAAACAACACUCAUCAAUAUUGUUUCUUUAAACAACUACAACUGGGAGAGAGAAAAAUACUCAACAAUUUUUACCAAAAAAGAAGAAAAUAACGACAACAGAACACAUUAGCCAAGAAAAUCGGAAAAAGCAAAGCUAAUCCUAGCUAGAGGGAGGCAAUUUGCAUCCGCGUUAUAGAAAACGGUGCAAGCAAUGAAAACGAUGCACGAGUAAUCGUAAUUCGAAAUUUUCAAUCCGCCUGGACUGUGCAAGAAUGUAAAAGAAGCGAAAGAAGCAAAACAAAACAACGCGAGUUGAGCCAGCGAUCUACCAAGAUAAGCGACGAACGAGAGCAAGAGGAACGAGCCGUGGCAUACACACUAAGCAUUAAAGCCUUAUGAACCGUAAAAAAUUGUGAUCUCCAGUUUUUCAUCCUUAUUGUUUUAAUUUCGUCAAAACGAGCCACCAACGGGAACGGAAAAAGGAAACCAUAUUGCGCGGUAUUAACCACAAAGAUUACGAAAUUCUUGGCUACACAACAGAGACCACAAGGUGAAAAGCGCUUAUCAGUCAUACUCGCUGUAAUAAGCGGAGAAGUUGAAAAGUGUCGGUGCCGAGCAUCUGUUGUGGAUAGUUGAUCGUGUUUUUGGCGAAAGUGGUAACAAAUAGCAAAGCAUUUCCCGUUCCAUAGUCAUUCGGCAAACCGGUAUAAAUUACAACACAAACAUACACAACCACACGAAGGACAACUUAGCACGCAUUCACGACAUUUUUGGUUCCGCACGCAAGCAAGCGAAGCAGGCGCGGAAACGGUGGGGUAACAGACGGUUAUUCUACUGCAGAAACAAACAGUCUAAUUGCAACUCUCGAGAUCGAUCGAACGCAGAACCAAAAGCCGAAUAUACCACCCCUUCAUAACGAAAAGCUGCGUUUGUUUGCGCGACACCUCGAAAGACCGAAAGGUGGAACGAAAGAUCAGCAGUCAUUUAAUAACAAUAAGAUCAAUAUUGAAACAAAAACGAGGAACAAGCGACAUAAAUAAUAGCCAUAUAGCAGUCAACAACAAAAAUAAGAUACAACAACAUUAAACCACCACAGCAGAACCGAUAUUGACGACCAAAUAAAAACACUACUCCCCUGGAAGCAGUGUAUGGGAGCAGUAGUGCAACAUUAGUAGUAACACCAAAAGCAAAAAACAAGAAAUUCGAAUACGUCUAAGCGAUUUUGUACCACGCAUCACACAAAUUGAAAACGGCUGAAGAGAACCCUAAAAAAAAAACAACUGCUAAAUUCGUGGCUUGUGUCAGCUCUAACCCGCGUGAUACUAGCAUCAUAUGAGCCCGGAACGUGCUCAGCUAUCAGUUUAGUUUGGUUUCUUAUGUUUGGAGUUUUAUGUGAACCGUGAGUAGCCAACAAAAAAGAGUGUCUUCAUUUGUUGCAAAACAUCCAUUUAGCUGUACCUACCUUCCCUUUUUGGUCUUCAACAGACGUACUGAUCCUGCAGCGUGUGUUUAGUGGGUGUGCACAAUAGAAAUAGUAACUGUACCGGACGCGCGAAAAUUGUUCGAGUGUAUGUACUUUUGCGCAAAAUAGUUUCUGUGCAAAAGAAACCAACAAGGGCGAGCGGUGGUUACGUUCGGCGGGCGUUCAAUAUAUACAAGUACAAACUCACAUUCACAGCGACACAACAUCGGAUUCAUCAUAGCAAAGCAUUUUGCGUAAACGGUUAAUACAUCCGGCUCACGAAGAAAUUCACUUUCUCCCUAGUGUACUACGAUCCUUUUUCCGGCCAAGCAUCUCACCACGGUGGUAUAAGUGAGUACUAGAUACCGUUACAGAGUAACCCGGCUGAAAGUAAACAAACAGUGCCGUAAUUUCCAAAGUGCAUCAACAAUAACAGCAAACAAAAAAGUGGGUGAAAAGUUAGACCGGAGAAAAACUUCUAUGAAAUACAACGUACAGCAAUAUUUUUCGCUUUGCAAAACAUCAGUUUACAACAUAGUUGGGCUACCAUUGUGGAGAGUAAUCACUCCGUUUUCAACCUCCCCCCAGUGCGUCUAGUGGCAAAAAAGAGAAAAACACGCACAUAAGUAUACUCUGCCCCACUGGGUUUGGACACCUUGAAUAUCGCGCAGUUAUUAAAUCGGGGUGGUCAACUGCAGAGAAAAGAAUCCCAUCCAUUAUCAACUGGAUCAUCUAGUGCGUGCGUGUGCAUGAGGUGUAUUAAACAGUGCAGCACAACGCAAAAUUCUAAUUAUUGUGAAUACGGACUGAUCAAGUGUGCAACAUUCGCUGAAGUGAAGUAACUAUAGUGAUCGUCGCAACGCAAAACCAGACAACUCAAAAGACUUCUGUUGGUAGCGAUAACGGGCAAGACUGUCACAAAACACAAACCGCUGCGAACACAAAUACACACAGGCACAGAAGGCGGAUUGGGUGUUGAACGCGGUCGAAAACACGAAAAAAGAAAAGUCAAACGAGCGGGAGUGAUAGAGGAAAAACAUACAAAUAAAACCAUUCUGUGAUAAAAUUUAAAAAAAUAUAACAAAAUAAGCAUAUGUUUAUUAAAAGUGAAACUAAGUUAGGCUUACUGUAACCAAAAUACACAGAGACACCUACAGACACAAGGCAGAGAAAAAAAAACAAAUAGAAAAAAGUAACCAUAGUGGGGGAUGCGCAACAGACAUUGAUGAAACAUAAACACGGGAUGCGCUUGUGCAAAUGCUCAUGGACUUAGCGAGGUUCCAAUAGCAAAAACGACGGCAUUUUGAUAAAAAUCACCGGCUUCUUCGUCAAGUGUGUUACGUACUGCUAAAGAGAGUGGGUGCGUGUAAAAUAAUAAUUACCAUUUCGCGUCGUUCAAGAAGCCGGCUUUACGCGUUUUACUGUAAUAAGCAUUUGAUCAAUCCGUACGGGAAGAGUGAACAAGUGAACUAAAUGCAUCCCCGCUGCUAGUGAAGCUUAAUUCAUACCGAAAAAUAUUCUGGUGACAAUUCUGAUCCUGGCUUGGAAAAUAGUAAACUCCUGCUGUCAUCGGUGCGGUUGUGCGUGUUGAAUCUCCGAUAUCAUUUCAUUUGCCUGAUGUUGUGUAACUUCGGUGACCUGCGCCAAAACCUGUCGUGUGUAUAAGUUAUUCAACGAUUACAACACAACAGCACCAACAAGUGUGGAACAAUAAGAAAUAGCCGUAAACGAAAUUAAAGUGUGAUUAUUUUCUGUGAAUUCAAUUCAAUACUAAUACCCUGUGGUUCCAUCGUGUAACACAUAAAACCUAAGCUAUCCGGUUGCUACGGUUGCUACGACGUUUUCUGAUUGAUGCUAAGCACACUUGGUGCAUCAAACUAGGAAAAAAAACAAGAGCAGAAUCGCAGCGUCCUCUAAUAUUCUACUCGGCGCAUCUAUUGCUUACAAUUCGAUCGCGGAUCUUUGGAAGAAGGAGAGCAAAUUAAUACAAAAUUGUGCGAAAACUACAGCUUAAGUGAGUUUUGAAAAUUAUAAAUACCACACGCGCGUGGUGUGUGGACAUUCGGCCGCGUCUAAAUCGUAAACUGGACAUUGCCGUUCCCCACGUGCAUGCAAGCGGUGCAACUUCCGGUGAUACAUUUGCAUUUGCUAACCAAAUAGGCAAAGAAAAUAGCAAACACGAGUGAAAUACAAAGGUGAAAAGGGCAAUCGGCGAAAAAAAAAACCUUCCCCCUCCCAAGUACGGUGUGUAAUUGCGACAUAAGCAUAAAAAGGACACUUUAAAAUACAAAACAACAUACACACAUAAACACGAAUAUCUGAUAAGGCUGAUUUGUGAAUAAAACAGAAACCAAACUAAGCGAUAAACAAAACAAAAACGGAAACAAUGCAAAACUACUAAACUAAAAGUAAUAAAAUCAACAAACAACAACAAGAGGGAAAAAAGAGCUAGCGUAAGAUGAGAGUGCGCUGACGUAGAAACGUAAGAGCAAAUUAAGUGAACUAUACAAACAUUAAGUAACAAAUUGUGGAAAGACGCUCAAAAAGUGUCUGCUGGCAACCGAAUAAAGCAGAUCGUGCGGCUUAGAAAACAUAUGCGCUUGUGAGAUUAGUAAAGAGCGAAGAGAAACUACAACACCCCAUCAGCAAACAAUCUGUCAAAAAAGCGUUGCAAAAAGGCAAAAACAACAGUAACAACGGAAUCGAACCAAAGCGGUAACGGUGAACUAAUAGACUUUUGUGAGUUAGUUAGUAGCAACGAGGAGGAAGUAAACAAGCAGUGAUUUGCGCAAAGCAAAUCUAUUAAACGUUAAAAAUUAGUCCACCAUCGACAACCGGUUGGUGAACGGUGAAGUGGAGGAAGAGUCGACCCUGCAGAGGCGGACAGAGGAAAAAAUCGAAGCAUUCGGUACUAUCCCCUGUUUUUGAGGACUACAAGAAAAGUGUCUUGCAUUUGUUUGUACUCCCUCCGGGCGGUGAUAACUGAACGAGUGUCCACGUUAAACAGAAAAACAAACUUCGAUUUAAACUAAACUCCCUCCCCUUGCUGAUUGGUUGGGGUUAAUUCUUCUGCACCAGCUCCGGAUCCAUCGGAAGAAAGGAAGCUUAUACUGUUCGUGUCAGCGGCUAUCAUAAUGGGAAGCCAAACGAAACCUUUCCGUUCUGCCGAUGCAUCCUUCAUGGAUUACGUUGCGUACGGCCAACGAAGCGACGUGUUCUAUAGUGGCCAAACGAAUCAACCGCCUGCUCCACGGCAAACUAUAAACCCAUCGAAUGUAUUCCCACCGAUCGGUACGUUUAGCAUCGAGACGACUACGAUGGCAGCUCCGAAUCAGGGUGUUUUUGGAGGUGGCGAUGCGAUGAGCGUGCUGGGUAACACCGGCACAACAGGCACCAUCGGGGUGUUCAAUGCCAACGCCAUGAUGAACGUACCGAAUAAUAUGAGCAAUGCGAACAAUUCUUACUCGACCGGCCAGACCACGAAUGGCGUCGACGCAAGCCAGGGAACGCGUGAAACUGGUAUCAUUGAAAAAUUGCUGCAUUCGUACGGGUUUAUACAGUGCUGUGAGCGUCAGGCUCGACUCUUCUUCCACUUCUCGCAGUUCGGUGGCAAUAUCGAGCAUCUGAAGAUUGGUGAUCCGGUGGAGUUUGAAAUGACGUACGAUCGGCGUACGGGGAAACCGAUCGCUAGCCAGGUCACGAAAAUUGCACCGGAGGUAGUGUUAUCGGAGGAGCGCGUGACCGGCACGGUUACGACCGAGUUGAAGUGCGAUUCGGCAACGCCGGGCACCACUACGAGCUCUUCUACGUCGAGCGAUACCACUACCGGGCGCAUUAGCUAUGAAAAUCGGGGCGAAUGUUUCUUCCUACCGUAUACCAAAGACGAUGUCGAAGGGAACGUCUCGCUACGUUCGGGUGACAAGGUUAGCUUUCAGAUAGCUACGAAUCAAAGGGGUAACCUUGGAGCUUGUCACAUCCGACUGGAAAAUCCGGCCCAUCCAGUCAAGUAUCGUGGCGUCGUGUGCUCUAUGAAGGACACGUUCGGUUUUAUCGAACGAGCGGACGUGGUGAAAGAGAUCUUUUUCCAUUUCUCCGAGGCGGACAAUACUAUCGAACUUCGUCCAGGCGAUGAUGUGGAGUUCAUUAUUCAAACCAGAAAUGGAAAAGAGGUGGCUUGUAAUAUCGCCCGCUUACCACCCGGAUCGGUAAUCUUCGAGGAUGUCGACACAACGAUUUACAAAGGACAGGUGCUAAAGCCACUGGAUCGCAAUAAUCCGGCACGCCAGCAAACGAACGACCCAUUGCCGGGGCGUAUACGAUACCGUGCGGCCGAUCACUCGGAAGUCGAAGUGCCAUUCGGAGAUAAGGAUCAGAAAGGUGACUAUACGUUGCGUCAUGGUGACUGGGUACAGUUUCUGCUAGCGACCGAUCGUCGCGAUCAGCUGCAACGGGCAACGUCCAUUUCCCUGCUGGACGAAACAUUCCAAGUGAGCGGUGAAAAACGCGAGCAAGGCGUUGUGGCUUCGUUGAAGGAAGGCUUCGGCUUUUUGCGCUGUGUCGAGCGUAGCGUACGAUUAUUUUUCCAUUUUACGGAAGUGCUAGAUACGAGUCGCGAAAUUUGCGUUGAUGAUGAGGUUGAAUUUACCGUCAUUCAGGAUCCGGGUUCUAGCUUCGCCAACAACCGCCAGAGCGCCAUUCGCAUCAAGCAUUUGCCAUUUGGCACGGUCAAGUUUGAGACGCUUAUCGAGAGCAACGUGGAAGGCGUCGUAUCCCGUGAGGCACCGAAAAGUCCUAUCAAAUCGCAGGAACGCACCGAGGGUGGCGUUAUUACCUACGGCCAAGGUCCAAACAAAAAGACUAUAAUGUAUUUCUUGAAAGAUUGUGAUAAGCCACCACGUGUGGGUGAUAAAGUCAGAUUCAAUAUUUGUCAGGUUAAACGUAACAAAGAAUUGAUCGCAACGAACAUUGUGGAGAUCACUUCUAAUACGCAACAGGCUCUGCAACAGCAGCAACUACUGCUGCAUCAACAACCACUGCAGCAGCAGUCACAGCAGCACUCUCCUAUUGCUGUGGAUACGCAGCUAACGAUUGGUUCGGUUCCAUCGUCGCUAUCGCCAACAGGUGGGCUUACUAACGGUGCCAGAGCAAACGGCAAUUCGGUAACAAAGUCCAACUAUACCAACGGUAAUGUAAAGCCGGGAAAAAUUCAACACGGAUUCAUUGCAGUGUUGAAGGAAAACUUUGGUUUCAUUGAAACGGUCGAGCAUGACCAGGAAGUGUUUUUCCACUUUAGCAACUUUAUCGGUAACAGCAAUACUCUUGAGUUGGGUCAGGAAGUGGAGUAUACACUCUCUACCCGCAACGCCAUUAACGCCGGAAACUGUAUUCCGGCCGAGAAUGUAAAGGUAUUGCCGAAAGGCAGCAUUCAGCAAGCGAAAGUUCUGCCCACCAGCUUCAAUGGAUCGGUACUGCGCCCAUUACGCUGCAUCAAUCCGGAACAGGUCGAAUAUAGUGGGUUGGUGCAGAUCAAGAACGAAAUGGGCGACACACUGUCAACGCACGAGUUCGGCAUUACCAGCCUGAAGAACCAUCGCGAUCUGCUGCAGAAAGAUGACGUGGUAACGUUCAAGAUCGAUGAGCUAAAUCGUGCAAUGGAGAUCGCUCCCGUUCGUACCAAAAAGCAAGCAAAGGUGGAUUCGAUUAAGGGGCAGUUUGGAUUUUUGGAUUUCGAAGUUGAGGAAGGGAAGAAGCUGUUUUUCCACAUGUCCGAUGUACAGGGCAACGCCAAUCUCUAUCUGGGCGAUACCGUGGAAUUUUCCAUUGUUACCAAUCAGCGGAACGGGAAAACUUCUGCUUGCAACGUGGUAAAAAUUAAUGAUGCUAAUGGACCACGGCCGGAACGACUGAUUUCCCGCAUCAAGCUGAACUCCGUUGAUGAUAGCGGACCGCGCUUGACUGUCAUUCGUGCUCCGAAAGGACCGGACGGUACGAAAGGCUUCCAUCCAUCGGCCAGAACUCCUCGUUUAGCUGGUAAAAGUGUGACAAAUGAGUAGUAAAACAAACAAAAAGUCCCACAUAUACGCAAAAUUUGCAAAUUGUAAUAAAUUUAAAUCAAUUAUUAUUGUGUAUGUUAUCAUUUUUAUCCCGCUUCUCUAUACCGUUUUGGUUGCAUACGAAAACAAAAAAAACAUACAAUUUUGUAAGCUUAUUUUAUUUGAUGAAUUUAACGUAAAUAUUUAGUUAUUUGCAAAAAAAAACUAUGAUACAGAAGACAAUGAAACAAGGAAUAAAUAUAGUGAAGCAAACAAAAAAGUAUAUCAUCAGGUGGAACAUAAUGACACAUGUGAUGAAACCAAAACCUUUGCUUUCUGGUUAUUGCUUGCGUAAUGAAAUGAACAGAAUGAAAAAAAAAUACGCUUAUUGUUGCGUGGAUCUUUUCGCACUGCCAAACAGAAUGUGUGAAUUAAAAAAUAUAUAUGUAACUGAAGCCCUUCGUUUGAAACAAAACAAACAAACAAACAAACAAACACAAGAAAAAACAAGCAAAGCAUGUGUUGAAAAUCUUAGUUGCAGCCUAAUUUACAUCGAAGACUAAUUUUAACAUUCAUAAAGGAAACAACAGGAUACCUUAUCUGGAAACAAAUGUGCCCGAAGAUUAAACGUAUAUAUUUACAUUACUCUUAUCUUAUUAUCAUCGUUGAACAAUUAGUUAGCUUUUAUUUAGCGCCGUGUUGAAGAGUGAAGAAUUCUCUCACUUCUGAUAUGUCCAUCAGCCAUCACCGGUAUUCGUUUUUUAUAAUGAAACGGUGGUCACCUCGAAACAUUUCAAUUACGUUCGCGUAAAUUUUUCCGCGUCCAAAAGAUUCGUUGCAUAAAUUAAUCAAACGUAAACGAAACAGCACAAGCCAAACCAAUCCCGGAUGGGGAGGUCUCAAAUGUUUUGUUUGUAUUGCGGAAGACUUUAGCAAUUCUCUUAGAAAUGUUUUUCAAACAUCUCAACAUCUUCCACCAUUUGCGGCGCUUAGUUGGUUUAUCGAUCGUCCCAUUUGAGCUAUUUGCAAUUAAACUCAUUCAGUUUAUGCAGCGUUGUCUGCCGUCGAGAACCGUAAGCCGCUUGCGGAAAUUCGGGAAAAAAUUGUGAAUGUUUCGAGAAGAGCGCAGUGUUUGAUUUUCCGAAAUCAAAAACGACAAAACAUAAGAAUUGGUAAAGCAAUUUUGACACGGAAUAUAAAAACAAACAAAAUGAACCACACAUGAAUCAGUUUAAUUGUAAAAUACUACAAGAACAUUACAUUUAGGAUCUGUAAGAUGCGUAAGAAUUAAGUAUGAAUCUAAUUCAUCAUUUUUCUGAAAGGUUUUUUUAUUUGUUGAAAAUCCUAAACGUAUUCUUUCGUUUCAUUCGUCGUGUUACUCUUAUCACACACAGACACUCAUUAAUCCAAAUUAU